CAUCGCCGCGGCCGUGGGUCAGGUAGGGUGUGAGAAGUUAGUGGCGCUGCUGCUGCUGCUGUGAGGGGACGGAGACGGCGCUUCCCCCCCUCCCCUCCUCCCGCCGCCUCAGCUUGGUUCAGCGCGCGAUGCUUACGGACGGCGCGGCCGCCCCGACCCCCGCCGGCGAUGAGGAGAUAGACCUGGUGACGCCCCGCGUUGCCCCGGCCGCCGCUGAGGCCUCCCCGGCCGGGCCUAACCCGCUCGGCUUGCGGGCCGUGCGCCUCUUCGGAGAGGCCGGGCCCUGUGGGCCGGCGGGCUCGGCGGCCACUUCGGGAGAGGCCGGGGCUGCUGCCGCCGCCGCCGCCGCCCUCGACUUCAAGCUGGCGGCCGCCGUGCUGAGGAGCGGAGGCGGCGGCGGGUCUGGCAGCGACGAGGACGAGGUCUCUGAGGUUGAGUCAUUUAUUUUGGACCAAGAAGAUCUGGAUAACCCAGUACUCAAAACAUCGGAGAUAUUUUUGUCAAGCGCUGCUGAAGGAGCGGACCUACGGACAGUGGAUCCGGAAACUCAAGCAAGACUAGAAGCCUUGCUGGAAGCAGCAGGAAUUGGUAAAUUGUCCACUGCCGAUGGUAAAGCCUUCGCAGAUCCUGAAGUGCUCCGAAGAUUGACUUCUUCUGUCAGCUGUGCAUUGGAUGAAGCUGCUGCUGCGUUGACGCGGAUGAGAGCAGAGAACAAUCACAACGCGGGACAAGUGGACAAUCGCAGUUUGGCAGAAGCAUGUUCAGACGGGGAUGUAAAUGCAGUCCGGAAGCUACUGGAUGAAGGAAGGAGCGUAAAUGAACACACAGAAGAAGGGGAGAGUCUCCUUUGUUUGGCGUGUUCGGCUGGUUAUUAUGAGUUGGCACAAGUGUUGCUUGCCAUGCAUGCCAAUGUUGAAGAUCGAGGUAAUAAAGGAGACAUAACCCCACUCAUGGCAGCAGCCAGUGGAGGCUAUGUGGACAUUGUGAAAUUGCUGCUUGUUCAUUGUGCUGAUGUCAAUGCCCAGUCUUCCACAGGUAACACAGCACUCACUUAUGCCUGUGCUGGGGGAUUUGUGGACAUUGUGAAAGUGCUGUUGAAAGCCGGGGCAAAUAUUGAAGAUCACAAUGAAAACGGACAUACCCCUUUGAUGGAGGCAGCCAGUGCUGGUCAUGUGGAGGUCGCAAGAGUGCUUCUGGAAUACGGUGCAGGGAUCAACACUCACUCCAAUGAGUUCAAAGAAAGUGCCCUGACACUGGCAUGUUACAAAGGUCAUUUAGAUAUGGUUCGUUUCCUGCUUGAAGCAGGGGCUGAUCAAGAGCACAAAACAGAUGAGAUGCACACAGCUUUAAUGGAGGCUUGCAUGGAUGGGCAUGUGGAAGUAGCUCGUUUGUUGCUGGAUAGUGGUGCUCAAGUAAACAUGCCUGCUGAUUCAUUUGAAUCUCCGCUGACACUUGCUGCUUGUGGUGGACAUGUGGAACUAGCAGCUCUGUUGAUCGAAAGGGGAGCAAAUCUUGAGGAAGUUAAUGAUGAAGGCUAUACUCCAUUGAUGGAAGCAGCUCGGGAAGGCCAUGAGGAGAUGGUGGCUCUGCUACUGGCACAAGGUGCUAAUAUUAAUGCACAGACAGAAGAGACACAAGAGACUGCUCUGACUUUGGCGUGCUGUGGGGGGUUUUCAGAAGUAGCUGACUUCCUCAUUAAAGCAGGAGCUGACAUAGAACUUGGCUGUUCUACACCUUUGAUGGAAGCCGCACAGGAGGGCCACUUAGAGCUGGUGAAAUACCUAUUGGCUGCAGGAGCUAACGUCCAUGCUACAACUGCAACGGGAGACACGGCUUUGACUUACGCUUGUGAAAAUGGACACACUGAUGUUGCAGAUGUUCUGCUUCAAGCUGGUGCAGAUUUAGAGCAUGAAUCUGAAGGCGGAAGGACACCACUAAUGAAAGCUGCAAGAGCGGGUCAUCUAUGCACUGUACAAUUCCUUAUUAGCAAAGGUGCCAAUGUUAACCGGGCUACAGCUAAUAAUGACCACACAGUUGUAUCGCUGGCAUGUGCCGGGGGCCAUCUUGCUGUCGUCGAGCUGCUUUUAGCUCAUGGUGCAGACCCCACUCAUCGUCUUAAGGAUGGCUCGACGAUGCUCAUUGAAGCUGCAAAGGGUGGGCAUACAAAUGUUGUUUCCUAUUUACUGGAUUACCCAAACAAUGUUUUGUCCGUCCCAACCACAGACAUGUCUCAGCUCACUCCGCCAUCUCAGGAUCAGUCUCAGUCGACUUUGCAGGUCCCACGUGUACCAAUGCAUGCACUUGCCAUGGUUGUACCUCCCCAGGAACCUGACAGAACCCCUCAAGAGAACCCUCCUGUACUUUUGAGUCUCCCGAAAGGUACAUCCAAGCAGAAGUCAACUUCCCUUCAGGUAGCAGAUCAGGACCUACUGUCACCUUUUCACCCAUACCAGCCUUUGGAAUGUAUAGUAGAAGAGACUGAAGGCAAGCUGAACGAACUUGGACAGAGAAUUAGUGCUAUUGAAAAAGCACAGCUCAAAUCAUUGGAGUUAAUUCAAGGUGAACCUUUGAAUAAAGAUAAAAUUGAAGAGCUCAAAAAGAACAGAGAAGAACAAGUACAGAAGAAGAAGAAAAUAUUAAAGGAACUGCAAAAGGUGGAGAGGCAGUUGCAGAUGAAAACACAACAGCAAUUUACCAAAGAAUAUUUGGAGACCAAAGGUCAGACUGAGACGCCCCAUUCUCAGCAGCAGCCAUGCCCACACACAGGUGUCCUCCCAGAAGUGGAAGGAAAUGAGAGUCUUCCUAUGGAUAACUUUUCUGGGUUAUCUCAGGUUGACAGUGUCCUGUGUAAAGAUGAGCAGCAGCAGUCUCCAUCACCUCCUGAGCAAACUGAGUUUGCCCCUCUCCAGCCUUUGUCAACACAGUGUAAUUUUCCAAGUAACGUAGGUUGUAAUGGGACAGAUUCUUUUCAACUUCGCAAAGUAUUAGGUAAUCAGCAAACUGUAGGACAGCAGCAGCCAAUUGCUGGACAUGGGCAGGGGCUGUUAGUUCAAGAACCAGACGGAUUAAUGGUUGCCACUCCAGCACAGACGCUUACCGACACUCUUGAUGACCUGAUAGCAGCUGUUAAUAGCAGAGUGCCCACUGGCUCCAGUUCCUCAAAUACUACAGAAUCACCUACACCUGAGCCCUGUUCACAAGCGCUCAAUGUAUCUUCUCAGUCGGUGCUCCCCACAUACCCUUCUGUUGACAUUGAUGCCCAUACUGAGAGUAACCAUGAUACCGCGCUGACUCUUGCAUGUGCUGGUGGUCACGAAGAGCUCGUCUCAGUGUUGAUAGCGCGAGGUGCCAGCAUAGAACACAGAGACAAGAAGGGUUUUACACCGCUGAUUUUAGCUGCAACAGCUGGGCAUGUUGGUGUAGUGGAAAUCCUUCUAGACAAAGGUGGGGAUAUAGAAGCACAGUCUGAACGUACUAAGGACACUCCGCUCUCACUAGCAUGUUCUGGCGGACGCCAAGAGGUGGUUGACUUGCUGCUAGCACGUGGAGCAAACAAGGAGCACAGGAAUGUGUCCGAUUAUACACCUCUAAGUCUUGCUGCUUCGGGGGGAUAUGUGAACAUUAUAAAGAUCCUUCUUAAUGCUGGAGCAGAAAUUAAUUCAAGGACUGGGAGUAAACUGGGCAUUUCUCCUCUGAUGUUGGCAGCUAUGAACGGCCACGUUCCUGCCGUGAAGCUGUUACUUGACAUGGGCUCAGACAUCAAUGCCCAGAUUGAAACCAAUAGGAACACUGCUCUCACUUUGGCCUGUUUCCAGGGCCGAGCAGAGGUGGUCAGUCUGCUUCUGGACAGAAAAGCCAAUGUUGAACAUAGGGCAAAGACUGGUCUCACCCCUCUGAUGGAAGCUGCUUCUGGAGGAUAUGCAGAAGUUGGAAGAGUUCUUCUUGAUAAAGGAGCAGAUGUCAAUGCUCCCCCUGUGCCUUCCUCAAGAGAUACUGCUUUAACAAUUGCAGCAGACAAAGGCCACUACAAGUUCUGUGAGCUUCUGAUCAAUCGGGGGGCACACAUUGAUGUUCGGAACAAGAAAGGAAACACACCACUCUGGUUGGCAGCAAACGGUGGUCACCUUGAUGUAGUGCAGCUGCUUGUGCAAGCAGGAGCUGAUGUGGAUGCUGCAGAUAAUCGUAAAAUCACACCCCUGAUGUCAGCAUUUCGUAAGGGCCAUGUGAGAGUGGUUCAGUUUUUGGUGAAAGAGGUGAACCAGUUCCCUUCAGACAUUGAAUGCAUGAGGUACAUAGCAACAAUAACUGACAAGGAUUUGUUAAAAAAGUGCCACCAGUGUGUGGAAACCAUCGUGAAGGCCAAGGACCAGCAAGCUGCUGAAGCAAACAAGAAUGCCAGCAUCCUCCUGAAAGAGCUAGAUUUGGAAAAGUCUCGAGAAGAGAGCAGGAAGCAGGCUCUCGCAGCAAAGAGAGAGAAGAGGAAGGAAAAGAGGAAGAAGAAGAAAGAGGAGCAGAAGCGAAAACAGGAGGAAGAUGAAGAGAACAAGCCGAAGGAAACAUUAGAACUGCAGGAUGAAGAAGAUGAAGAGGAGAAUGAUGAUGAUGUGGAUCAAGAAGUUCCUUUGGAGCCUCCAAGUGCAACUACAACUACAACUAUUGGAAUAUCAGCAACAUCAGCUACUUUCACAAAUGUAUUUGGGAAGAAAAGGGCCAACGUGGUGACAACGCCCAGCACAAACCGGAAAAACAAGAAGAAUAAAACAAAAGACACUCCGCAAAAUGUGCAGAUCAUUUUGCCAGAUCAGCAUAUAAGUCUAGCACAGCAAAAAGCAGAUAAAAAUAAAAUCAAUGGCGAGCCACGGGGCGGCAGUGCUGGCGGGAACAGCGAUUCUGACAACUUAGACAGCACAGACUGCAACAGUGAGAGUAGCAGUGGUGGUAAAAGCCAAGAACUGAACUUCACAAUGGACACGCACUCAUCAGGCGACAGGCGGUACGCCUCCGUGCUCCUCCCUUCUCAGGAAGACAAGACCAACGCCAUGGCUUCCAAAGUGCAAACCAGACUCGAAGGUGAAGCAAAUCCGAAUUCAUUAUCAGCAACUUAUAAGUCUGUGUCCCUGCCUUUAACGUCUCCAAACAUAAAAUUGAACCUGACUAGUCCAAAAAGAGGACAAAAAAGAGAAGAGGGGUGGAAAGAGGUAGUAAGAAGGCAAGUAGGCAGAGUUUUGAAGGACCCUUCGCCUGGCAGCACUCUGCAACCAACACAAAUUGAGCAGUUUCAGCUUCAAAGAGGAGGGCGCUGCUGUUCAGGAGCAAAAAGGUCAAAAAAACUCUCUGUCCCAGCGUCGGUUGUGUCCAGAAUAAUGGGAAGAGGCGGGUGCAACAUCACGGCAAUCCAGGAUGUCACGGGUGCCCACAUUGAUGUGGACAAGCAAAAAGAUAAAAAUGGAGAAAGAAUGAUCACAAUAAGAGGUGGAACAGAAUCAACGAGGUAUGCAGUGCAACUUAUUAAUGCCCUCAUUCAGGAUCCUGCAAAGGAGCUUGAAGACUUAAUUCCUAAAACGCACAUAAGAACACCUGCUUCCAGCACCAAAUCAAUCCAUUCAAAUUUUUCAUCUGGCGUCAGCACUGCUUCAGCUUCAAACAAAAAUUCAUUUCCUCUCGGGGCACCAUCUCUCGUCACCUCUCAGUCAUCAACGCUCUCUACUUUCCAGUCUGCUAACAAGCUAAACAAGAAUGUCCCAGCAAACGUGCGUUCUUCCUUUCCCGUCUCUCUUCCCUUAGCUUAUUCGCACCCUCACUUAGCCUUACUGGCUGCCCAAACUAUGCAACAAAUUCGUCACCCUCGCUUACCUAUGGCCCAGUUUGGAGGAACAUUUUCAAACUCUCCAAAUACUUGGGGACCAUUCCCAGUGAGGCCAGUUAACCCAGGCAGCACAAACAGCUCUCCAAAGCAUAACAGCUCAAGUCGUGUCGGUAACCAGAAUGGCAAUAUUAUGCAGUCUGAGUCUACGGGUUUAGCUGCUUCUAGCUGUCCUGGAACUAUCCCUUCGGUCGUCGCAUCCUCCCAGCCGCUGUGUGUGACAAGUAACCGGACUCCUUCGUCAGUUAGAAAGCAGUUGUUUGCUUGCGUCCCUAAAACCAGUACCAUGACGACAGCAAUCUCAACUGUGACGACCACAUGUAGCACGCUGCCUUCUGCUUCGCCGGCAUCUGAAAAUACUGGGCAUGUUCCCACGUCAUUUCUACCUGCCAGCGUUCCACAGGCACAGCCAUCUGCACUUAAGACGGACGCUGUUCCUUCUGCCCCAGCUCCCAAAGAAAAGGCAUCGACACCUGAACAAUCAGUUGGAAGCGCAUGCGUGCCAUCAGUUGCUGUCAGUGGCAAUAUCUCAGCUAACAGCAAUCCGGGCAGCCUGGAAACCGGCACAUCCAGCAGUCCUGCACCUCCAAAUAAUGUCCAAGACGAGACACUGCCAACCAGUAUGUCUGACUUAAGUCCUCCCAUAUCUAUGCCUUUUUCUUCCAGUUCAGAACCCACUCCAUUGAGCUUAGCUUCGCCUAGAUCAGUUGCUACAGAUAAUCAGGACAAUAAUAACUUACCUCAGUUAGCUGUACCAGCACCCAGAGUUUCUCACAGAAUGCAGCCCAGAGGUUCAUUUUAUUCAGUGGUACCAAAUGCAAACCUCCAUCAAGAACCUCAGUCUAUUUUCGUUACAAACGCAGUUCCUUUAACGCCUUCUCAAGGGCCACCUCCGGCAGUCCAGCUCUCUUCGCCCAUGAACGUUAUGAACGGUUCUCAGAUGCAUAUUAACCCUGCAAACAAAACGUUGCCGCCUACCUUUGGGCCAGCCACACUCUUCAAUCACUUUAGUAGUCUUUUUGAUAGCAACCAGGUGCCAGCUAAUCAAGGGUGGGGAGACUGUCCACUGUCCACAAGAGCAGCAGCAGACCCGUCUUUUACUGUCCAGUCUACGUUUUUGAAUAACUCUGUGCUGGGGCAUAUGGAAAACGUGCAUUCUGAUAAUUCCAAGGCACCAGGAUUCCGGCCUCCUUCUCAGAGGGUUUCAACUAGUCCUGUAGAUCUAUCUAUGCUCCUCAAACUCCUCCCUCGUGCACCCAUGACAGUUUUCUCGGCAAACAUUCUGGAGCUAAGCCAUCUCUCAAGGGCCAGCACCGGUUGGGACUCCCAGCUUUAACAGACAGCAUUUUUCACCACAUCCUUGGACGAGUGCUACAAAUUCAUGUGAAUCUCCUAUUCCAUCAGUUUCCUCGGGAUCAUCUUCACCCCUUUCAGCUGCUUCUGCACCUUCGAACUUGGGCCAGCCAAAAUCAGGGAGCGCAAAUCAAGACCGAAAGGUGCCUCCACCUAUCGGGAC